AGGCAGGCAGGCAGGCGGCCAUAUCCAUCCAUCCAUCCAUCUCUUGAGCUGUGCAAGAUUCACAUGGACUGACUGCCAUCGGGCGCAGACAACGUACGCUGCUUUCGGUUCUUUGGCCAAUUCCCUCCCGACAAAACCCUCACCCGUCAUCACUGUCCCUCGCCCUCCCUGGCCUGGCAUUUCGCCCAACACCCUAUGAGCAUCAUCACCCAGCACUCCCAACCCAACAUCUAGCUUAAUUUUCCCUUGCAGUCUGUGAAUAAUGAACUUCAUGACAUGAGAUUAUUAUAUGUGUGAAGCCGUGUUCGUAUGAUCGAUCCAUCGGCAAGCUCCGGUGUCCGGUCGUUGAUCUGUCCAAGGUGAGGUUUCUCAGAGCCCGACUGACUCGCUGUUCGCCACACAUUAAGAUUUGAGUGAUCCGCUCCCAUUGUCGUUUUUGUUUCGGGAUAGCCUUUCGAGCGUGAGGUUUGAUUUUUACUAGUACAAACGUACAACUACAACGCAUGUCUUCGAAAAAGACGGGGGCUUCCAGUUCGUAUUUUCUGUGGAAGUUUGUCGAUUUUCUGGCUAUUUAAUGGUUGAUUUGAUUUUGAACUUUGGCUGUACCUGACCCUCUGAAUCGUUUGAGCGGUCCGGAUCGAAACACAUCUCCUUUACUGCUGGACGACCAUCCACCGUGCCCGGGGUUGAUUAUUGGGGAAUAAAAUUUUGAAUUUUGAGGAGCUAAUUAAGUAGAGAUUUACCUUGGAAAGCCAGGAGUGCAAUAAUACACGAUCGGUUUCUCAGAAGGAUUCUUUCAGACACCAAUUUUCUUUAAAAGCCCUAAUCUUUAUAGGAAACAAAUUGGGUUGCAGACAGUUUGGGCAAUCCGGGGGCGGUGUGGCCUGCUCUUUCCAGCAAUUCAGAGGCAUGAGGAAACAUUCUUUGUUGUCCCACAAUUCAGGUACGUUUACAAGCCCUGGAACACCUGAAUACCGGGAUGGCACCAUGGGUGCAAUUCAGAAGGGAUGGAGUUCAGAACGAGUGCCACUGCCGUCAAACGGCAACAGGAGGCACAUGAGUGCUGCUGUGUUGAUGCCGUUCAAUAGUGGAAGGACUUUGCCUUCAAAAUGGGAUGAUGCAGAGAGGUGGAUAACCAGCCCAAUUUCAGGAUUUGGUGUUACCAAGACUUUGCUUGCACAGCCUCAGAGACGACCCAAGUCGAAGAGUGGUCCACUGGGUGCUCCUGGUGCUGGAUGUUUUUCGAACUAUUCCCCUGCCAUGCCAGUGUUGCAAGGAGGAAGUGUUAGGGAUUUCAUAGUGGGUUCACCAUUCACUACUGGAGUACUAAAACCAGAUGGUUUAUCAAUUCAUUAUUAUGGCCAGCAUGGUUCGCAACCUAAUCCUGUGCAUACUGAGAAUAUCAUGGCACAAGCGACCAGUUUACCUGGAUGGUCAGACAUGUUAAGUGAGUAUUCUUUGCCCAGCUCUGGAGAUGAGAAGCUUGACGGUGCCAAGGAUGCUGAUGCAACAGUAUCUCGUGUUGUUUCACGACGGGAUAUGGCAACCCAGAUGAGUCCUGGGGAUAGCAUCCACUCUUCUCCCAGUACCUCUCCUCCCCCAAUUCUCCCCAUUGUGGACCUAGUCAACAACCAUUCGCCAAAGAUGGAAAUCAGGGAUGUGCAGGUAGACAAAAGUUUCACUAUGACAAGGCAUUCCAAAAAUCAUGGAGUGAGGAAAACAAACCACAGCUCACCAGAUCUCAAGCAUUUAGCAUCAUCCUGGGAUACUGGAGAGGCAGCAAAAAAUAUGUCAAAGCAACAAAGAGAGGAAGCCAGGAUUACUGCAUGGGAGAACUUACAAAAGGCAAGAGCUGAGGCAGCAAUUAGAAAACUCGAGAUGAAGCUGGAAAAAAGGAGAUCGGCCUCUAUGGAUAAAAUCUUGAACAAGCUAAGAGUUGCUGAGACGAAAGCCCAGGAGAUGAGAAACUCUAUGGCAGAAAGAUGCGAGGAUCCAGCACCUAGGUCUUCACAUAAAAUUAUAUCAUUCUGGAAUUUUCUCAAAAUGGGUUCUCUAAAAGGUUGCUUUAUCCGCCAUGCAUCUUAAUCCUAUGCAUAUUCUCCUUGAGACAAGGUGUAUGCUGGAGUAGCAAUUCUACACCGCCAAGUCUUCUUGCAGUAUUUCAGGCACAAAACCAGUACAUAGCCCCCUGGUUAGUAUUUCUAUAUCUGAGCACAGGGUCUGAUUGUUUGGUUGGGAGGGGACAUAAAACGCAGAGUAAAUAUGCACGCAGCUGCUAUUUGGAUGAUAUCAGGACUUCAAACACAACACUCCCAUGGAGGCUGGAAUUAUCCCUCCCACCAACUCAAAACGGCACAAUCCUCUCAGGCAAGCAGGGUGACAGCAAGGGCUUCUUUGCAUAAAGAGCUAGAGAUCAGUAGAUAGGGCACACGUUUGUAUAGCCUUGUCCCUGUAUCAGAGCGGAAUAUCCUAUUAUUGGAGUAUAUUUAUUUUGGGUACAAUUAUUGGAGAUUUUUGUAACAUGAAUAUUUCUCCUUUUUGUCUCGAGAUUUGGCUUGUCGCCUAGGUUGAAAUGCUGUGAUGCAUGUCAUGCUCAACAGGUAUUCUGCUUGUUCAUUCCAUUAUACUGUGCCCUUGCUAAGAUUAGUUCUACAGUACUGAAUAGGGGGCAAAGAACCUAAAACUCCAUUACGCUUUGGGCUGAAGAAUGAAUUCAUAACUUGUUUGCUUGACAACAAAUAGCAAUCAUAUUAUCAAAGAAACUGAACCGUUUCAGAACGGUCAAAUUGGUGGCCUGCCGUACGUAUAGCGUGGUUCAACCCAAAAAGGAUAAAAAAAAAAAAAAAAAAGAA